CAUCUGAAGAAACAGGUUCACUCCAACCCUGUCCAGUCAGGUCUAGUCAGGUCCAGUCAGGUCUAGUCAGGUCUAGUCAUGCAGUCCCUGACUCAGGAGAUCCAGAGUUUCUCCCGGACGCGACUGAGGAAGCAGUGCACCCGGGUCACGUCACUGAGCGGCCGUCGCAUCAUUGAGACCUGGAAGGGUUCAACCAUCACUGUGGUUGAAGACCCCGUCCCCCCAGAGAAGGUGGUGGGAUACGUCCCGGACACUUCCUGGGACCUGCAGGUCGGCGUCAUCAAGCCCUUCCUGCUGAUGGGUUCUCAGGAUGCUGCACAUGACUUUGGCACUCUGAGAAAACACAAGGUGUCUCACAUCUUGAACGUGGCCUUCGGGGUGGAGAAUGUGUUUCCUGAUCUGUUCAUCUAUAAGACCGUCAGUAUUCUGGAUCAUCCCGACACUGAUGUGCUGCUUUACCUGCAGGACUGUUGUGACUUCAUCCAGCAGGCUCGCGCUGAGAAAGGUGUCGUGCUGGUCCACUGCAACGCUGGCGUGUCACGGGCACCAGCAAUAGUCAUUGGCUACCUGAUGUCGUGUGAAGGCCAGACCUUUGACGCUGCCCUCUCAUUGGUCAAAUCGGCUCGACCAGCCUCCUCCCCAAACCCCGGCUUCCUGGAACAACUGAGGAGCUUCAGAUCACCUACAGUGAAUGGAUCCAAACACUGAAGGAGGAAGAGAAGAUGAUCACGGUGGUUAGACAGUUUAAUAAUAAUAGUAAUAAUGAUUCAAUUUAUUUGCAUAGUACAUAU